AUGGACAGAGCGACGCCAGUAGCCAUGGCUGACGUUCCUGUCAUGGUAAGCUCGCAGGACCUGAAAGCACAGAAAAGAAAGGAGCGAAAUGCUGUUGCCUGGGAAGGGCAGGGUUGGCGGCAAUGUUUCUUCCUGAUCCCGACUACAUACCAGCAGAUCAAGAUUACGAUGGCUAACGUGAGGAUAGAGGCAUUCUCCCCGAACUUCUGCGGUCUCUGUCUAGAAACAACGACUAUCAACAUCGACACAUCCAGCAUUUCGCAUAUUGACGUCAAGAAGAAGAUGCAGUGCUGUGAUCCAUUCAAUAGACCUUCCGGCGUAAUCUAUGUGACCGAGAAUGGAAAACCUCAUGCGACUGCCCUUGUCCUCAACCUCGAAGAUUGUGACAAGGUCGAACAGAUUCUUCGGGACUUGAUGGAAGACGAGCAAGACAGAAGGAUCUUGCGUUGA